UUUAAAUUAGAAUUAAAAAAAUUAUAAUGUGGUACAAUUUUCAUUUUGUCAGCCAUAUUGUUUUAAAAUCAUUGUAAAUGAAAAAUUUAUAUUUUUUAAUUCGAAAUCAUGAAAGAAAUGUUAACAAAUCAAACUGGUUCAGGAUAUAAUAAUUCUUUCGUUAAUAAUAAUAAUAAUAAUGGAGAUUCCAAUAAUACAACUGAUAAUACAAGGAGAUAUGCUGUUCUUAGUACAGAUUGGAUAUCUUCAAUUGGAGAAGAACUUGGAAUGUAUCCCUUGCCAGAUUCUUUAUUAAAAAGACUUGCAGAAGAUGCCUCAUAUCGACUUAGAGAAGUUCUAUAUAAAUGCGUAACAAGAUUGAAACAUAGCAAAAGGAAACGCUUAACAUCUAUGGAUGUAAAUGCUGUAAUUACUAAUUUAUGUGAUGUAGAUCCAAUAUUAGGUGCACCAGAAUCUAUGCCAGAAUAUCAUACUGAAGCAAAAGUUUUUGUUCCUAAUGAACGAAUUAUUAAUUUAGUACAAAAAGUAAAUGAUCCAUUUAGUAUAUCACAGAACAAUGUACCUUUUAUUCAAGAAUCUGAAAUAUGUGAUAUAAGACUUACAGAAACACGAAAUAAUUAUGCAAAACGUGCAUUAAAAACAUUAUUCAAUGGAUCUCAAAAAACAUUUCAGGUUUUAAUUAAUGAUUGUUCUACUAAUGCUCAUUUGAGUGGAGAAGGUGUAGUAGACAAAUUAAUGUCUAUUGCUAGAUUUAUAAUAAUUUCAAAUAAUGUACAAUAUACAAGAGUAUCCACGAGGACAUGUCAACUUAUUAUUGCAAUUGCAAGCAAUAGUGAAGCUAUUUAUCCAUAUCAUUUAACUUCGGUCAAUAAAUUAACUGAAUUGCUAUUGGAAUUACUUUUAGGGCAAAAUUUUAUAAAUCCAAAUCUUGAAGCACUUUUAAAAACAUGCAUAUUAAAAUUAAUGCUUCGAUGGCCUUCUACUGCUGAUAAAUACAUCCCCACACUGGAGAAUGUGCUUUUAAAAGAAGAUAAAGAGAAUAUAGAUGGUAGUAAGAAAAAAAUAUUAGCUAUGGAACUACUGGCUAGCAUUCAACCUUUAAUACUUUUUCAACAAGAGUUACAAUCUCCACUUUCAGUGCAUUCUGUUUUAAAAUAUGCCUUACCUAGUUCUAUUUUAUGGCAAAAAAUAGCUCUUACUAUUUGUGCCCUUUUAAAAUCACAAGCUCACAUUAUAAACAUUGAAGUUUUCAUGGAACAUUAUGGAGAUUCUUUAUUACCAUAUUUACCAUUUCAAUAUAAGAGUACAAUAAAUGAAAAUAAAAAGCCUGCUCCUCUUCCUAUUACUAUUAAAAGUAAGGUAAAAUAUGUUAAUGUUAGGCCAGUAAUAAGUAAUCGGCUAUUAUGGGAUCGACAAACAGCAUUUCCUGAUUCUACAUUGCGAGGUCCACGUCGAGAAAUAAGAUUUGCAUUCGCUGGUGGACGACCGGUACCUCCAAGUAAUUUAAGACGUGUUAGUUUAAGAGCAAAUUAUCAAAUUUUAAGAAGCGAAUUACAAGCAACACUUGCUCUUGUAGCUUCACGAAGAUUAUUAGUACUUAAAGAUAAAAAAAAAAGGCCUUUUAAUACUUAUAAUUUAUUGUAUGGUUAUUUAUAAAUUUAAACAUAGAUGUAUAUAAUUUAAAUAACAAUUUUAGAUUCA